AUGGAGUCUUCUCUAUUAACUUUCAAGAAAAAUAUCUCAAAAGAAUGUCAAGUUCCUAGAAUUGGAACAAGCUUGAGCCCGUCUGAGCCAAAGAAGCAUCUGAUUGUUGGCACCAAACCCAAGAUUCCUGAUCUGAAUUUAGAACCUCCUUCUGAUUCCGAAGAAGAAGGAAAAGAUGCAAGUGAUGAUGUUCCUAAACUUUUGUAUGAGGUUGAAGUCGAGAUCUUUGCUCGUGUUUCUUGCUUUGAAUACUGGAAACUACACUUUCUCAACAAGCAGUUUUCGCAACUGUUAAAGAGCGGUGAGAUUUUCAAGGUGAAACGAGAACGCGGGCUUGUGAAACCAUACGUGUUAAUGCUUACGAGCGGUGACCCUUGCUGGACAAUGAUUGAUAAAAGUUUCGAAAACUUUCGGAAACUUCCAGAAAUUCCUUCUGACUUUUGCUUCUUCUCCUGCGAUAAAGAAACGAUCAGUGCAGGAACACAACUACUCGUUGUUGGAAAGGAAGUAGAGAGCAUUGUGGUGUGGAGAUACGAGUUAGAGAUGCAUAAGUGGACCAAAGGACCUGCAAUGAUCACACCGCGGGUAAUGUAUGGUUCCGCGAGCCGUGGGACCGACGCUUUCUUUGCUGGAGGAAUUAAAUUUUGCGAAAAAGGGAAUCCCGAGGUUUGUACCGAGGCGGAGAAGUACAAUGCAGAUACGAAAACAUGGACAAUGAUACAUGGAAUGCACAAGCGAAGGAAAUUCAGUUCGGGAUGUUUCUUGCGAGGCAAGUUUUACGUUAUUGGUGGUCGUGAUGAAAAUGGUAAAAACCUAACUUGCGGAGAAAGUUACGACGAGGUGAAAAAUUCUUGGACGCUGAUACCGGACAUGCUUAAAGACAUAACGUUCAAGUCUUCCCAAUCGCCGCCUCUAAUCGCUGUGGUCAAUGAUAACCUUUACUUAUUGGAAUCAUCUUCGAACGAGCUACGAGUUUACGAUGUAAACGAAAACGCUUGGAAGAAACUAGGCAUUGUUCCUGUGAAAGCAAACGCUGCCAAAGGUUGGGGAGUUGCAUUUAAAUCGAUUGGAGAUAGGCUUUUGGUGAUUGGAACUUCUCCAUUACCUAGAUCUUAUAUUAAGAGAAUGGCGGUUUACACAUGUCGUCCAUCUCCAAAUGUGGAAGAGCAGGUUUGGGAGGAGACUGAGAAUUGCUGCGACGGUGUUCAACUCAGCAAUUUUAUUCAUAAUUGUUGUGUUAUGUUUGCUUAA